CGCCACUAGACUCCACGACAAUCCCACAGCGCAACAACGUCUUACGCUCCUCCUCAUCAUGACUACAGAUACUGGUCGGGCCAAAUUCGAUCCUUCUCGUAUCAACUGUGCGUCAGGAAAUUCAGCCUCCGACGUGAACCGCGACUUCAACUACGGCGCCCCGGCCGAUGUCAGACAAAUCCUUGGCUUCCUCAAUUUCACCUUGAAGGAGAGCAUUAUUCAGACUGUGAAAGCUUUCAUUCAGAGCCUCAGGUGCACCUAUCUGCUUGUCUCCGAGCUCCACAGGCCCUUCCUCGACUCCGUCCCUCACGGCAUGGACAGACGACGCCGUUCCUCACUUCUCCCGGCGCCUCGGUUGCCGUUCAGGAAGCGGCCCGUCAUCAGCGCCCCGAUCGGACCCGUCCAGCACAAUGGCAGAGUGAUUUUACCGUCCCGUCCUGUCACCACUUCCAAGAUUUCCGGCAAUUAUAUUUUUGGUGAGGUGGUGUCUGGAGGCCGCAAGGACGUGAAGCCUGAAUCUAAGCGGCCACCCACUCCCAUUGUCGGCGCUCUUGAAGACUCGACGCCACGACAGUUGUCCAAAUCACGCACAUUCAACGUCUUUUCCGGAAUUACAGCAUCUUUUUCCAGAUCUAGCUUGGCCUCCAGUCGUCGGAACACUGCUUCAUCGAAUGGGUCCUCAGCUUCUCUCGCCCCGGCCAUAACAGCUGAUACUUCACGUUCCAAGACGCCAACUUCCUCUCGCCUCCCAAUCUCAAAGAGUGGCCGAGUGUCUCUGGGCUCACACAAGAUGGAUCUGCACCUCACUCGGGAUCCUUGCUGCAUCUAUACCGAUCAGCCUUCAGCGUACUGGAGCGGCCGCUUCACUUCGUUGCAUGACAAGUUUCUGGCCGAAUGUCUUACCCCCAACAAUCUGCAAAGCCUGCUUGGAGCUAAAUCAGACCGCAGUACAGCCUUAAAGAAGAAGAUGCAGCCAAGUAUUCCGCAAGAAUCCCAAUACACCCGUUUCGACGCCCGCCUUCCGCCGUCCGCCACCUCGGCCGCCAUACUUCAACAGAUGGGGGGCGGCGGUGGCCUCAACGGCCAUAUGGACGAGGUCCAGAGCUCUGAAGCGUGUGUUGCAGAUGCUAAGUUGCUGCUGGAUGACGAUGAGCGAUGCAGGCGGGUUUUCAUCCACCUUGAGGCUUACUGUGCAACUGAAGAAGCCCGGAGGAGCCUGUUUGCCUUCCAGCAGGACUUUGCGCGCAAGGAACGCCGCCCGAAGCUCCUCCCGAAAGGUGGUACUAUGGGUGACCGCAACUUGGGCUCGUAUAUCUCACGGAUGGGGGUGUAUGAUCAAGCCGUGACUAGGCCAUCAUAUUCAAGACUGAGAGCAUCCCAUCAGCCUCAGGAUCAUCUCCAAGCAGUGCUCAACCUGGCUCGGAGAACCCCGUCACAUGUCACAUCUGCAGCACGCCCCUGA